GCUGUCAAUGCAAAAUUUGUAGAUACAAAUAAAAACACAAACACAGAGAAAGAUAUAAUACUGGCGGGCGGGCAUUGUUAUAUUUAAUUUAUGUUUUGAACUAAAAAAAAAAAACUUUUUGAUGAGCAUUUCAAUAAAUAAAACCAAAUAUGUUUUCGCCUAAAAAAUGUUUAGAUGCUCCAAAUGAUUAUGAAUUUCCAUUUACUCCUUACGAAAUACAGAAGAAGCUAAUGGAAGCCGUUUACGAUACUUUGACCCAAAAGUCAAUUGGUAUAUUUGAGAGUCCAACGGGAACAGGAAAAUCAUUGACUUUAACAUGUUCUGUUUUGAAAUGGAUUGAAGAUCGUGAGAAUUUGGAACGAAAAGAUUUGGCAGAACGUAUUUCUAACCUGGACCUAGAAGUUAAACGUAUUGGGAGUACUGUUGAUGUGGUGGAAGAUUGGAUAACUGCCAGCUAUGAAGCUACGGAGAAAAAGAAACAACUUGCGACCCACCGCCGUUUCCAAAAAUUGUUGCAGUUACAUCAUGACCGAUUAAAAGAAAUGUAUGAGCAUCAAAUAGAGUUUCAAAAAGAACGUCGGAAUAAUAAUUCGAAAAAAAUGGUACUAGAAACUGAUUUAAACCCAGAGGAUGAGCUGACUGAUAGCGUUGAUUGGGAUGAGAAGUCUGGGAAUUUUGAUAGGCAAGACCAAGAUAUCGACGAUGAUGAAGAUAAAUAUCGUCCCAUUCAGGUAUUUUUCUGCAGUCGUACUCAUUCACAGCUAGCGCAAGUCGUAAGAGAAGUAAAACGCACGCCUUACGGUCGCCGAAUACGAUGUGUGUCCUUAGCAUCCCGUCAGCAAUUAUGUAUAAAUCCGCAAGUGAAAAAAUUGCCUAACGUAAGUCUCAUUAACGAAAAGUGCUUAGAUAUGGCUCCAAAAAAUAAAGAAGGCAAAGAGAAUAUAGGGACCAAAUGUUGUAAAUAUCGCAAAGUUAAUUUGAUGCAGAAUCUAAGCGAAACUGCUUUGUUUAAUAUAAUGGAUAUCGAGGAGUUGGUGACGGAAGGUGAAUCAAUGAAUGCGUGUCCAUAUUACGCGGCAAGAGAAGCUGCGAAGUCAGCACAACUUAUAAUGCUCACAUAUCAAAUGCUUCUGCAUCGGCAGACGCGUCUCCAGGCAGGAAUCGACUUGCGAGGUGCCAUUGUGAUUAUAGACGAGGCACACAAUUUGCUAGAUACAAUUGCUCAUUUGCAUAGCUGCGAGUUGACUUUGCAACAAUUAUUAUUAGUUCAACAACAACUUACUGCGUAUAAAAUGCGGUACUUAAAACGAUUCAGUGCAGUCAGUUUACUUAAAAUCAACCAACUGAUAUUCAUUGUAAAACGACUUGUAAAAAUGCUACAAACUGAGACACCUGUCUCUGCAGGAAAAAUGUCAUCAAUUUCUAGAGUUCUUCGCACAUAUGAACUUACUGCAGAAGCUGAAUUUUAUAACAUGGACUUAUUUGCUUUGCUACAGUUUUGUGAGAAAUCCCGACUGGCCCAAAAAUUGCAAGGGUUUUCCGAAAAGCCAGAUUUUUCAAAAGCAUCAGAUGAACACUUGGAAAGUUCAGCUACAAAACAACUCCUUAAACAAAUUGAGACUUCGCAAAAAAAUAAUCUUAAGAAUAAAACUGAAUUUGAGAAAGUAGAUGAUGUAAAUAAUCAAAAAAGUUUCAAUACCGUAACACCAAUAAGCGCACCAUUCCGCGCUCUCCUCACGUUUAUUCAAUCAUUAACUGAAAAAGCGAAGGAUGGACGUGUUGUUUUAAGGGUCGAUGGAACUAGUGUUGUCGGCAACAGUACGCUUAAGUACAUUUUAUUAAAUCCUGGUGCGCACUUCGCGGAUGUUAUCCAAGAUGCUCGCUCUAUAAUUGUGGCUGGAGGCACAAUGCAACCGACCAGAGAAUUGACUGAGCAAUUAUUUAGUGCUUGUCCCAAUCGAGUUCGGGAGCAUUUUUAUGAUCACGUAGUGUCAUCCGAUGCAGUACUACCUCUAAUAGUUGCACAAGGACCAACAGGUCGCCGACUUUGUUUCAAUUAUACUGAGCGCAGUACUAAAGAUAUGCUUUCCGAAUGUGGCAUGAUUAUUCAAAAUGUUUGCAAUGUUAUACCAGCAGGAGUUGUCUGCUUUUUUCCUUCGUACGAAUAUUUGGACCUAAUAUAUAAUUAUUUGCAAAAGUGCGGCAUAUUGGAGAGAAUAGCGACGAAAAAACGUGUAUUUUCCGAGACUCGUGCAGCUGAGGCGGCAGGCUCGUCGGUCGAGAAGCUUUUAAAUGACUACAGUGCGGCGAUAAAAGCGCAAAGUGGUGGUGGAGCGCUUCUUUUCAGCGUUGUCGGAGGAAAAUUAAGUGAGGGCCUUAACUUUGCGGAUGAUCUGGGAAGGUGUGUUAUUGUCGUGGGCAUGCCUUAUCCAAAUCGACAAUCUGUUGAGUUACAGGAGCGUAUGCGGUAUUUAGAUGAGACACUGGGCUCUGGUAACGGCAAUGAAUAUUAUGAGAAUCUUUGCCUGAAAGCGGUUAAUCAAUGCAUCGGAAGGUCUGUGCGGCAUAUCAACGAUUACGCUUGCGUUUUGCUUUUGGACGAGCGUUAUUGCAGGGCUGAUAUUCAAGCGAAGUUGCCACAGUGGAUAACACGUAGCUUGCAGAUACCGAAAACUUUUGGUGCAGUGCAAGCGGCAAUAGCAAAAUUCUUUAAAAAUAUUAAAUCUAAAAAAUUGGAAACGGUAUAAUAUUAGAUAUAAUAAUCUUUAUCAUUAUUUCAGUCUUAAUUUUACGUGUAAAAGCUGUUGAAAAGUAUUAUUAUUUAUAAAUUUAUAAAAUUUACGUAAUAAGGCGAUGUGAAUAACACUUUUGUAAUUAAGUUCUUUUUGUAUUUUCUUCGGUAAUUUUAUAUUGUUUUUUUUUUGUCGUUAUACUGUCUUAAAAUCAUUAAAUAUUUUAAAGGAGAGAAAUUUAACGGUAUUCUUUAUCAGUUCAUUUGUACAGUGGUGGUCUUAUAAUUAGAAACGACUUUGCUGCAUAUAGUUUUCUUAACCUAUUUUCAAAAAUUAGAUUGCCACGUUAAAACUAUAAAUUGGAAUCAACAAAGUAACACAUUUUAUUUGAGUUUUACAUAAAAGCAACAAAAAUAUUAAUUCUAUUUUUAAGUAAAUGAGGUAAACACAAAGAACACCACAUUCAGAUUGGUCAUAUAAUUAGAAACAACAACUUAAGUAUAUUUAUAUAAAAUUGAAAAAAAUGAUAAAGAUUUUUAAGAAUUUUUUUGAAUACCCUUUAUUUUUAACAACAUUGUCUAGCCUUUGCGGUAAACUUUGGAUUAAUUGUUGGCAUGCUUGCACUGAGAUGCUAUUCCAACUUUUUUGAACCAUUUGAAACAAUUCAUUAUUUCGCGUUUUUUUGUCCUUAAGAUCUCGUUUCACAAUUGCCCAUAAAUUUUCAAUUGGGUUCAGAUCCGAACUUUGCGGAGGCCAUUCCAAAAUAUCAAUAUCAAAUUUUAUCCGAAAGCCAGCUUUUCACUCAUUAUCGUGCAGGAAAAUGUAACGGACUGGCAUAUUCUCAAAGGAAUAUGGUUCUAUUACAUUCUUCAGAAUGUUUUUAUAUUGAUGUUGGUCUAUUAUCCCUUGAACACGCACAAUUGGGCCAACACCACAAGAGGAAAAGGCUCCCCAAACCAUAACACAUUCGCCACCGUGUUUUACUCUUUUCACAGUGUACCUAGGGUUCAGCGCCUUGUUGGGAGGGCGUCGUAUAUACGAUUUUCCGUCGGACUGGAAUAAAUUGAACUUAGAUUAGUCACUCCAGAGAACUCUAAUCCAGUAUUGGGGAUUUUCCUUCAGCAUUUCCUUUGCAAAUCGCAACCGCUUAUUAAUAUUUUUUUGAUACAGGCGGUUUUUUUUUUGCUCAAUGCACCCACGAAGUUCCGACUCCUGUAAUUUAUUUUACGAGAAGUCAUGAAAGAGUUUUUUUUUGCUCGUCCUACAAAUUAUUCGGUCUUCUGCUGGAGUGGUUUUUCGAGGUCUGGUCUUCCUGGUAGGGGUUUCAAAUUUCUUAUUUUUUUUUUCAUACAAAAGAAUAGCUCCAAAUACCAUGUUUUUAGAAUUUCUUCUUUUGAAAACACCUUACAAUUGACUCUCUCUUUUUGGGAGUACACGACUUUUUUUUGCCUAUUCUAAUAAUUAAAACGUUUUUAAUUGAACGUUGUUUAAUUGAAGUAUACUUUUUUUUAUCACUAAGUUCAAAAAACACGAGAAUUAAAAAAAUUAAAUUUUUUCAAUAACCAAUCGGCAAAUAGUCACGUGUAUAUUUAACAAUAACGUUCAUAGUCUACACUACGAAUAACGCGUCUUAAAAAAAGUAUACAGUGAUUUGAUUUUGUCUAGCAUAUCAUUUCUAAUUAUAAGGCCACCACUGUACAUGGAAGUAAAAAAAUACGAUGUGUUUUAUAUUGGAUAUAAGUAUUAUGUUAUAAAAUAUUUAUGUAAAAAUAUUAAAAGAUAUUUAUUGAAAUCACAAUUAUUUGGCAUAUUUUUAUAGAAAAAUAAUCAAAUUUAAUGUACAUACUAUGUACUUUUUAAGAUAUACGAAGGCUUUUCUCGAUAUUUCUAUUUCAAAUUUUUAUUAAAGAAACGUGUUAGAAACAUAUUAACUUUUGCUCUGCGAAAAAUCGUUUUUAAGGCACAAAUAAAAAACUGCAAGUUUUUCUCUUUUGUUAUCACAUAAUUAAAUAUUAUUAUGAAAAAAAUCGCGUUCGACAGUGGUAAAUACUUAAUAAAAUACUAGAAAGUAUUUUUUUUAGAAUAAUGCAUACCAAUUUUAAAAGCAAUCAUAAAAUCAGUAACAUUUGAAAAUUUCCUCAGAAUUUGCUGAAAUCAGCUUUCGAAUCAUUCUCCGCCAAACCACUUCUAAUUUUUGUCCCGUUCAAAUGCCUUAUAUUUUUCAAUUAUUUUGGAAAUGAAAAUUGUUGCAAAAUCAAUCUUAGCACUAUAUACUCGUACAGAGAUAAUAAAGAUCUAUUAAAAAUCCU